CAAGAAGCAUAUCAGAAUGCUCGGAACUUCAAGUCCUAGCGUUGAUGGAAAAUAACUUUCUUGGAACAAUUCCAGGAGAACUAGGCAACUUACAGCUGCUGAAAGUUUUGGAUAUUGGAUUUAACAAUUUUGAAGGCACAAUACCUUAUGAGAUUGGCCAUCUUUAUAACUUGGAGCUUUUAGCCAUGGAUUACAAUAAGUUAACAGGCUCAGUCCCUUAUGUGAUUGGCCGUCUUUAUAAAUUGGAAUACUUAAGCAUGGAAAGAAACAAAUUAACAGGCUCAAUCCCUUUAAGCAUAUUCAACAUUUCAUCACUUGAAUAUUUAUCAAUCGGUGAAAACAAGCUUGAAGGACCUUUACCUAGAGAAGUUGGAAAUUUGAGUAUGCUUCAAGUACUUGAUUUUUCAAUGAAUAACCUGACAGGUGUAAUUCCACAUGGAAUCGGUAACCUUCAAGAGUUGGAGGACCUCUCAUUGUCUUACAAUAAUUUCAAAGGGUCAAUCCCAAUUGGUAUCUUCAAUAUCUCCUCUCUUAUAUAUCUUCAGCUCGCAGGUAACCACAUUUCAGCUAAUCUUCCUUCCACUAUAGGCCAUGGCUUACCUAAUGUUGAAGGAAUUCAUCUAUCUGGAAACAACAUUAAUGGUGUUUUACCUAGUUCAAUCUCAAAUAUGUCUAAGCUUAUGUAUCUCGAACUCUAUCGAAAUGAACUUACAGGUUCAAUUCCUGAAUCUCUAGGAAAUUUAAGACUUCUGGAAGUUCUUGGCUUAUCCAGUAACUCCUUCAACAGUGAAUUAAGCUUUAUUACUCCUUUGGCCAAUUGUAAAUACUUGAGAAAAUUGAUAUUGUCUUCCAAUCCCCUAAAUGCAAUGCUUCCGAAAUCCAUCGGCAACCUUUCUUCUCUUGAAAUGUUUUUGGCGACAGGAUGUAACCUCAAGGGCCAUAUUCCAAAUGAAGUCGGAAAUUUGAGAAAUUUAUCUUCUUUGGAGCUAGAAGAUAAUGACUUUAAUGGAAUUGUCCCGAUGACAAUAAGCUCGUUGAAAAACCUUCAACGGCUUUCACUUGGUGCAAAUAGAAUAAGUGGUCCCUUUCCAAUUGCUUUAUGUGAGCUAUCCAACUUGGCUUUGUUAAACCUUUCACAAAAUCAAAUGUGGGGAAGUCUUCCUAGUUGCUUGGGGGACAUGACUUCUCUAAGGGAGGUUUCUCUUGAUUCAAAUAACUUCAUUGCCAUAAUACCUUCAAGUCUAUGGACUCUCAAAGACAUUUUAAAGUUGAACUUGUCUUCUAAUUUCUUCAAUGGCUCUUUACCACUUGAAGUUGGAAACCUCAAGGCUGCAAUACUUCUGGAUCUUUCCUGGAACCAAAUCUUAGGAAACAUUCCUAGUACAUUAGGAAGUCUACAGAAAUUGACUCAUCUGUUUUUGGCUCAUAACAGAAUUGAAGGAUCUAUUCCUGAGGCAUUUGGAGGGCUCAAAUCUUUAGAAGUAUUGGAUCUUUCGUAUAACAAUUUGUCUGGUGUAAUCCCAAAAUCAUUAGAGGCACUUAAGUAUCUUCACUAUUUUAAUGUCUCAUUUAACAGGUUACACGGAGAAAUUACGAAUGAAGGACCUUUUGUUCAUCUCCCUUACCAGUCUUUCAUGUCAAAUGAAGGAUUGUGUGGUAACUCUCAAAAUCAUGUCCCAACUUGUCCUUCAAAUUCAAAGGAUCGUUCAAAGUCAAAGAAAGAAAGACUGAUGCGGGUUGUCGUUGCAUCUUCAGUUUUCUCUGUAAUAGGGCUUGCUUCAGCAAUAGUCUUUUUGUUGAUGAGACGUCGGGGUAAAACAACCAAUACUGAAGAUGAGUGGUUGCCUGAGGUAGCACCACAAAGAAUUUCUUACUAUGAACUUCAAAGAGCAACUCAGGGCUUUGAUGGAAAUAACUUGCUAGGUAGUGGAAGUUUUGGUUCUGUUUACAAAGGGACAUUGGCAGAUGGGAUAAUAGUAGCGGUUAAAGUUUUCAAUGUGCAGAUGGAAAGUACAUUUCAAACUUUUGAUAGAGAAUGUGAUAUCUUGCGGAAUCUUCGUCGCAAAAAUCUCACCAAGAUUAUUACCAGCUGUUGUAACUUGGAUUUUAAAGCAUUGAUAUUUGAAUACAUGCCAAAUGAGAGCUUAGACAAGUUGCUAUAUUCUCGAGAUUAUUGUUUAAAUAUAAUGCAAAGAUUGAAUAUCAUGGUCGAUGUUGCAUCUGCUCUGGAAUAUCUCCAUCAUGGUUAUUCUGUACCGGUUAUUCAUUGUGAUAUGAAGCCUAGCAACGUGUUACUAGACAAUGACAUGGUGGGACACCUGACUGACUUUGGCAUAGCAAAACUUUUAACUAUGGAAGAAUCCAUUGCUCACACUACAACCUUUGCCACAAUUGGUUACAUUGCUCCAGAGUAUGGUAUGGAAGGCCUUGUAUACAAGAGGUCUGAUGUUUAUAGUUAUGGCAUCAUGUUGCUGGAAACUUUUACAAAGAAGAAACCUAAUGAUGAAAUGUUCGUGGGAGACAUGAAUUUGAGAAGUUGUGUGCAUAAUUUGCUUCCUGAUGAGUUGGAUCAAAUUAUAGAUGCUGACUUACUAACAGUAGAUGAAGAGAACUUAAGCCGAAAGAUGCAAUGUGUGGCAUCCAUCAUGGAGUUAGCCAUGAAUUGCACAGCUAAUAUUCCAGUGGAAAGGAUAACAUGAUUGAUGUUGUAGCAGCACUGAAAAAGAUCAAACAAAAGCUUUCUUCUUGUUAUUGAACGACCCAGCGCCAUGACAUCAGGUACUUU